CAUCGUAUAGCUGCCCACAAAUGCUUGCCAUGACCUUGGAAGACCCAUGUUGACGUCGAUGAAGACAUUACGGAUCAGAGGUAGUGCGGUGAACGCCAGUCAUAGCAGAAGCAGUGGCUUUUCCAUCCGGAUAUUCGGUGCGAGCAAGCUUUUCUCUCCUUUUCCAGGACAGAGACAUCGAUCGACUUCGAAAGAGGGCGUAAGCCCAAGCCAAUGGACCCAGCAUACUCUGAGACCAAAUUCUGUCUCUGACCGCCAUCCUCUCGUCACCUCGAAGUCAAAUGAGGAUGGAGCAAAGAAACGUACGGCGUAUAUUGCGCUUGGAAGCAACCUCGGAGACCGGGUUGAUUGGAUCGAGAAAGCUUGCAAUGAGAUGACGAGAAGAGGCAUCAGAGUGAAGCGAACGAGCUCUUUAUGGGAGACUGAGCCCAUGUACGUCACUGAGCAGGGCAGCUUCAUCAAUGGGGCUUGUGAGGUAGAGACAACACUUGAGCCUCUUGCUCUUCUUGACGCACUUCAAGGUAUUGAGAAUGAUCUUGGUCGGCAUAAAAUCAUUGACAAGGGUCCUCGAAAUAUCGAUCUCGAUAUCUUGCUUUAUGAGGACCAAGUUAUAAGUCAUGAACGUCUGACGGUCCCUCACGCCGCUAUGCUGGAACGCGAAUUCGUUCUUCGACCCCUAGCAGAAUUGAUACCAGCACAGACAUUAAAUUCAGCUUCACCUUGGAAAGGGACAGUGGAUUACCUCAACGCUCUACCACCUUCCAAUACACCUCUAUCAACGCUCACUCCACUCGCUCAGCACAUUGCACCCAUACGUGCUUUGCAAAGUAAUCGCAAGACUCAUGUCAUGGCAAUCUUCAACAUCACGCCAGACUCUUUCUCGGACGGAGGCUUGCACUUCAAGAAUUCUGCAGUAGUCCGUAUGCAAUCUUCGGAAUAUGAUUUAGCUCGGCGACUCGCUGAGUGCGUGGAAGCUGGAGCUACGAUUAUUGACAUCGGAGGUCAGUCCACCGCGCCUGGUGCUCCAGAAGUCACCGAACAAGAAGAAAUUUCGCGUGUGGUUCCAACCAUCGAGCUUCUGAAGACGGUUUUCAAAGGCCCAAAGUGUCCCCUGAUCAGUGUUGACACUUAUCGAGCCCGUGUAGCAGAGGCUGCAAUCAAUGCUGGAGCAGAGGUCAUCAACGAUGUCGCUGCUGGGACCUUAGAUCCUGAGAUGCUCCCGACAGUAGGCCGUCUUGGCAAGACGAUAUGUUUAAUGCAUAUGCGAGGAACUCCAGCAACCAUGAACACCUUGACUGACUAUAGCCCUCAUGGGUUAAUCCCAACCAUCGCGCAGGAACUGCUCGAACGUGUAGCAGCUGCUGAAGAAGCAGGUAUUCGGCGCUGGCGGAUCAUUCUUGACCCUGGUAUUGGAUUUGCCAAGACUAUCGACCAGAAUCUAGAGAUUCUUCGACGUAUGGACGAGUUGCGGGACUGGCCAGGCCUGAGAGGAUUGCCGUGGCUGCUCGGCUCGAGUAGGAAGAGGUUCAUCGGUCAUAUCACCGCAGUGAAGAAGGCUGAGAAUAGGACGUGGGGUACGGCUGCAACUGUGGCGGCUGCGAUUCAGGGCGGUGCUGAUAUUGUUCGUGUACAUGAUGUGGGACCGAUGGCUCAGCUGGCCAAGAUGUCCGAUGCUAUCUGGCGGGUGUGAGCCUUCCAUCGAUGAAUAGAUAUGUAUAAUAUUGAAGAUCUUGUUGACUCUUGUAGUUGUCUCGUAUUCUGCUUGCC